CGGCUCCGUGCGGCUCUGCACGCGCCGCAGCCGACGCCUGCUCGCGCGCCGCACGUAGGCGCCGCUUAAAGUGGCAACGCGGAGGGGCCGCCGCCCCCGCGGCCGGGCGAGCUGCGGCUGGCGGGCUCGGCGGGCGGAGCCGGGGCCCUUUUAAGAGACCGGCUCCCGGUGCCGGUGGUUUUAUUUACAUGGGGGCUCGCGGGCGUCACGUGACUGUCGGCGGCGGGGGCUGCGCGCGGAGCACCCGCGGGGCCAUGGCGGGAACCGGCGACGACGGCUCCUGGGUGGAGCUGCGGUGUGGCCCAGGCUAUCCCGAGCCCGAGCCGGCACCCUCGCCGUUCUCCUGCCACGCCGACGUGGAGCGGAUGCUGCUGGAGGCGCAGCUGGAGACAGAGAGCAGCGACGGAACCCUGCUCGUGCUGGGCUCUCCAGCCUGGGAUGACGACGGAGCCAGCCACGGGAGCGAGCAGUCAGCRGAGAGCGAGGUGCUGCCUGCCCACAGCCAGCACCCCCCGGGCUGUCCCCACUCCCGGCAGUGGGAUGUGCCAGAGGAAGCCAAGUGGAGGCGGCGACGCCUGACAGCGUCCCUGGGCUGGGCCUGUACCCGCUGCCCUCGGUACCUGUCCCCAAAGGAAUUUGCCUUUGUGUGCUCCCCCCAGCCGGUGCUGUGGAGCCUGGAGGGAGGUGCAGUGGGGAGGAAGAAGAGACUUUUCAGUUCAGAGCUGCUGCUGCUCUUCAUCCCCUCRCUCCUGCUCAGCCAUCUGCUGACUCUGGGGCUGGGGAUCUACAUUGGGAAGCGCCUGGCAGCCUCUUCAGCCAACCCUCUGUGAGGAGCCGGGCGGGCAGCACCCACUGCUCCCUUGGGAAUGUGGGGAGAGCCCGGCACCAGUGCAGCCCAUCCACUCCCAUGCCCCGUGUUUGUGGCACGAGGUGCAUUCUCCCCUGUCUCCCUCUCAGCCCUCACCUCGGGAGCUGAUCCCACUGUGCCCCAUAGACUGGAACCUGCUGAUGGCAGCUCCCAGCCACAGGCAGCCCCUGCCCUCCCCAGCCCCUGGUUACGGGUCCAGGUCCCCCUGUAACACAGACUGUAAAUAUGACUGAGCCCACCUGAAUAAAGAGCCCUGUGCCAGCUCAG